AUGGCUGAGAAGGCUCCAGAGGAGACCCAGCUGUGGAAAGAAACUGCACCCCAGGAUGACUCAGGCCUCCAGGACAGCUUAUUCUCCUCUGAAAGUGACAACAGCCUGUAUUUCACCUACAGCGGCCAGUCGAACACGCUGGAGGUCAGAGACCUCACCUACCAGGUAGGAGCCGGUGACUCAAGGAGCUGGAUUCCCCAGGACCCACAUAACUCUCCCGCCAUCUUCCCCCAGGUGGACUUGGCCUCGCAGGUGCCUUGGUUUGAGCAGCUGGCUCAGUUCAAGAUACCUUGGUUGUCCCGCGACACCAAGGACUCCAGUGAGCUGGGCAUCCAGAACCUGAGCUUCAAAGUGAGGAGCGGGCAGAUGCUGGCCAUCAUUGGGAGCUCAGGCUGUGGGAGAGACUCAUUGCUAGAUGUGAUCACCGGUAGGGACCACGGUGGCAAGAUGAAGUCCGGUCAGAUCUGGAUCAACGGGCAACCCAGCACGCCUCAGCUGGUGAGGAAAUGCGUGGCCCACGUGCGCCAGCAGGAGCAGCUACUACCCAACCUGACUGUCCGGGAGACCCUGGCCUUUGUGGCUCAGUUGCGCCUGCCUAAAACCUUCUCUCAGGCCCAGCGUGACAAAAGGGUGGAGGACGUGAUCGCCGAGCUGCGGCUGCGACCGUGUGCCGACACCCGCGUGGGCAAUACGUAUGUGCGUGGGGUGUCUGGAGGUGAACGCCGGAGGGUCAGCAUCGGGGUGCAGCUGCUAUGGAACCCAGGGAUCCUCAUUCUGGAUGAACCCACCUCCGGCCUGGACAGCUUCACGGCCCACAAUCUGGUGAGAACCUUAUCCCGGCUCGCUAAAGGCAACAGGCUGGUUCUCAUCUCCCUCCACCAACCUCGCUCGGACAUCUUUAGGCUGUUUGACCUGGUCCUCCUGAUGACAUCUGGCACCACCGUCUACCUGGGGCCCGCGCAGCACAUGGUCCAGUACUUCACCGAGAUCGGCCACCCGUGUCCCCGAUACAGCAACCCAGCCGACUUCUACGUGGACCUGACCAGCAUCGACAGGCGCACCAAAGAACAGGAAGCGGCCACUAUGGAGAAGGCACGGUCACUUGCGGCCCUGUUUCUAGAAAAAGUGCGGGAUUUUGAUGACCACCUGUGGAAAACAGAGGAGAAGACCCCCGAUGUGGGUGGCUGUGCAACCAGCCCGACCCUCCCAAAGGACACUGACUACGGGACGUCGGCUGAGCUGCCCGGGGCCACGCAGCAGUUUGCCACUCUGAUCCGUCGCCACAUUUCCAAUGACUUUCGGGACCUGCCAACCCUGCUCAUCCAUGGGGCAGAGGCCUUCCUGAUGUCCCUCAUCAUUGGCUUCCUCUUCUACGGCCACGAUUCCAAGAGCCACUCGUUUGUGGACACGGCCGCCCUGUUGUUCAUGAUCGGAGCCCUGAUCCCUUUCAACGUGAUUCUAGACGUGGUCUCCAAAUGUCACUCGGAGAGGGCAAUGCUGUACUAUGAGCUGGAAGACGGGCUGUACACCUCUGGUCCGUAUUUCUUUGCCAAGAUCCUAGGGGAGCUCCCUGAGCACUGUGCCUACGUCGCCAUCUAUGGGAUGCCCAUCUACUGGCUGACCAACCUGCAGCCGGGCCUGGAUCCCUUCCUGUUGCACUUCACGCUCCUGUGGCUGGUGGUCUUUUGCUGCAGGACAAUGGCCCUGGCCGCUGCUGCCUUGCUGCCCACCUUCCACAUGUCCUCCUUCUUCUGCAACGCUCUCUACAACUCCUUCUACCUCACUGGGGGCUUCAUGAUCAAUCUCAACAACCUCUGGAUCGUGCCUGCGUGGAUUGCCAAGCUGUCCUUCCUCCGGUGGUGUUUCUCGGGGCUCAUGCAGAUCCAGUUCAGCGGGCGUCCUUACAUCGUGCAGCUGGGCAACAUCACCAUCUCCGUCUCGGCAGAUGAAAUCCUCGACUCCAUGCACCUGAAUUCCUACCCGCUCUACGCAGUCUACCUCAUUGUCAUCGGCAUCAGCUGUGGUUUCCUGUUCCUGGACUAUCUGUUCUUAAGGUUCAUCAAACAGAAGUCAAGUCAAGACUGGUGA